GGAAUUCCAAUGGCUUGGAAAACUCUCCACCCGUUUUUCAGUUUUCAAUUAAUUUCCAUUUAUGUCGAGUCUCUAGACCACAGCUUCGGAACCCAACACUCGGCAAUAAGACUCGGGAUCAUCUCGUACUCUGGCUCUUAUCUGAGCUCGAUUAAGACUUCCUGUAACAGCGGAGAAGCGCAAAUGAGCCCAGCGCGCAGUCUCUCUGCCUAUCUACUGGCAUUUACUGAAACACAGCACUCAGUGGAGUAGAGCGAGAGAGAGAGAGAGAGAGAGAGAGAGCGAGCGAGCGCUGAGUGAGUGAGUGAGAGAGAGAGAGAGAGAGAGGGGGGGGAAAGGAAGGAGAGGCCAUACAGAUACAACAACUGCAAGAAAAAGUGUCUACAACCUUACAAAACAUCGGCAAAUAAACACGGACCAUGGCUUCGGAGGAGCUGUAUGAGCUGCAACCCGGCUAUGGUGGAAGUACUGAUCAGCAUCAUUGUCAUGGGGUAGAGAGUAUUGUGGCCAAGCGGAAAAAUAAAAAAGGCAAAACAGAGUACUUGGUGCAUUGGAAAGGCUACAACAGUGAUGAUGACACGUGGGAGCCCGAACAGCACCUUGUGAAUUGUGUUGAGUACAUUCAUGAAUUUAACAGACUGCUGACUGAAAAGCAGAAAGACACAACUUUAAUACGAUCCACCCGAAACUCUCCCAAUAACGCCAGGAAACAGAUCUGUCGGCCCUCAAACAGCUCAAUGUCAAAGACAUCUCCAAAAUCGGCGGGGGUGAGUAAAGAGGGUGAACCAAAAAACAAUACCCAGCUGCUAGCCAGCAACCACAAGUACCGCCGGACCACUGCACAGACUGUUGCCGGCAGGAAAAGCAUGGACCUUGCCAAAUCUGGAAUCAAAAUUUUGGUUCCAAAAAACCCCAUGAAAAGCAGGACUGUGGUAGAGGGGUUUCAGAGUGACAGGGCAGACAACCUUGACCAGAUGGAGCAGGAUCAGGACUCUGUACUUCCGGAAGUGGCUAAUGAAAAGCCUUUGGGUGCUCUGCUGGGACCAGGUGCGGAAAGAGCACGAAUGGGAACCAGGCCAAGGACACAUCCUUUAGUGCCACAAGUGCAGGUGCCAGUGACUGCAGCUACUGCAUCUGCACUAACUUUUAACGGGAAAGGUACCUCUACCUUUAUGGAAGCCUUGGCAGCCAACGGAACAGAUAGCAUCCAAACUGCAGUCACUGGAGUAACUGCAGGAAAACGAAGAUUUGAGGAAAGGCAGGCUUUUGACAAGAGGUUGCGGUUUAGUGUCCGGCAAACUGAAAGUGCUUACCGGUACAGAGACAUUGUUGUCAAGAAACAGGAUGGGUUUACACAUAUUUUACUCUCCACAAAGUCUUCAGAAAACAACUCAUUAAAUCCAGAAGUAAUGAAGGAAGUCCAGAGCGCACUGAACACUGCAGCUGCUGACGACAGUAAACUGGUUUUACUAAGUGCUGUGGGGAGUGUCUUUUGCUGUGGUCUUGAUUUUAUUUAUUUUAUUCGGAGAUUAACCGAUGACCGAAAGAGGGAAAGCAUUAAAAUGGCUGAAACUAUUAGCAACUUUGUGAAUACUUUUAUUCAGUUUAAGAAACCUAUUAUAGUGGCUGUGAACGGUCCUGCAGUUGGACUUGGAGCAUCGAUAUUGCCUUUAUGUGAUGUGGUUUGGGCAAAUGAGAAGGCCUGGUUUCAAACACCAUAUACUACGUUUGGGCAGACUCCAGAUGGGUGUUCAUCUCUCACAUUCCCUAGGAUAAUGGGGGUGGCUUCUGCUAAUGAAAUGCUUUUAAGUGGAAGGAAGCUGACAGCACAGGAGGCAUGUGCUAAAGGACUGGUUUCCCAAGUGUUUUGGCCCGGAACGUUUACUCAGGAGGUGAUGGUGCGCAUUAGAGAGCUAAUCACAUGUAAUUCAGUUGUACUCCGAGAAUCCAAAUCUCUAGUCCGAAAUGCUAUGAAGGGAACCUUGGAGCAGGCCAAUGAAAAGGAGUGUGAAGUUUUAAAACGAGUCUGGGGCUCUGCCCAGGGAAUGGACUCCAUAUUGAAAUACCUGCAGAAAAAGAUAGACGAGUUUUAAGUGACGUGCACAGUGGCACUGGAGGUACCUUAGUUACCAGAACACCCAUGUGGCUUACAGAUGCCCUUAUUUUUUGUCACAUGGCUGUUCUGCAAGCUUCAGAAUUGAGUAUUGCAAGAAAAGAACUGAAACACACCAUCUUGGCAACUACUCCUGGGAUACGUUAUCAAUUUGGCUUCAUGCAUUGAGGAACUGCAAUGUACUGUUCUACACUAUGGAUUUUGGAGAGGGAGGGGAGGGGGGAUGCAUAAAAGAAUGUAUAUUCUAUAGGGUGGAUUAAUGUAUAUUUUUGAUAUUGGGAUGAGCAAGACUUACACACACACACACACACAAAAGGAAAUGAAAGAAAAUGGAUAAACGGCCAGUCGUCCCCCACGCAGCCCAAAGAUCGGCAAGGUGGGGAUUCAGCACCUAGCCUUUGUCUUGAAAGAGGUGUUAAAAUGAAUUGAAUUAUAAACUAUAGUGAAACUAACCAACAGAUCCCCAUGUCUGAUAACUUUGCUAAAUGUGCCCUUUGAAUAGUUUAGCUUGGUGCAGAUGCGUACACACAGGAGUUGUCGUACUAGAUGCUUGUUCUUCUUUUGGAACCUUUGAUACCAGUUCUUACCCAGUAAGCAUGAAGAAACCACUGGUGUUAGAUAAAUAGGAUGAAAUCAACAUAAAAUUUUAUCUAGUUUUAGCAUUUAAUAUAGUUUUUUUGUUUUGUUUUGUUUUUUAUUAUCUAUUACAUUUAUAACUUGUUGCUGGGUGAGAGGAAUUUUCCCCAAAAAAUGUAUGUUAGAUGCUUUUGUAAACAAGCUGAAUGCUAUAUUACACCAAAAAUACUUUUUGUUAAAAACUGUAAUAUUUUUUAUUUCACUUAGAAUAUUUUUAAUUUAAUAAGUUAAAAAAAGUUGCCACACUAUUCCUUCCAAAAAAGAAACCUACCUUAUUCUUGAUGUUUAA